AUGGUGCUGCUGGCGUUCCACCUCACCGGCGUUGGAGCCUUGGCGCCACCGGCAUACUGCACGAGGGAAUGCGGCGGAGUGAAGAUCCCUUACCCGUUUGGGGUCGACAUUGAGGAUGGCUGCCAAAUUAAUGAGACCCGGUACCGGCAAGGGUUCAAGCUGGCAUGCCGAGACUUCAACGGGGGCCGCGGCAAGAGGCUAUACUACUACAACAAUGAGGUGCUCGACAUCUCGCUGCAGAAUGGUCAGGUCCGGUGGUUGAAUAACAUCUCCUCCUACUGCUACAACGCCACCACUGGGGGUAUGGAGGUCAAGAGCCCGCCCGCGCACCUGGACUUGAAUGGCGCAAUCUUCAGGCUCUCCUACAUCGCCAACAAGUUCACCGUCAUCGGGUGCAAGACACUCGCGUACGUCGGCGAGACGAACAAUGUUAGCUCCUACGCUGCCGUCUGCGGGGCUUCAUGCAAGAGCGACAACAUUCCUUCGCUAACCACUGGCACCUGCGAGGGGAUAGGUUGCUGCCAGACGGCGAUCCCCAAGGGGCAGGAGAACUAUCAUGUGUGGUUUGACAAGAACUUUACCAAGGAGCCGGAGAAGGGCAUCACCGGCUGUAGCUACGCGGCCCUGGUGGAGGAGUCCAACUUCACCUUCUCGGCGAGCUACCUUACUUCGUCGGCGUUCAUGGACACCUACAGUGGGCAGGCGCCGCUCGUGCUGGAUUGGGCUGUUGGUACCCUGGCCGGGGAGACGUGCGAGUCAGCCCGCGCUAAGCCCAAGUCGUACGCUUGCGUUAGCGACAACAGCGUGUGCGUCAACUCGCCCAUUACUGGAGGGGGCUACAUCUGCAACUGCUCCCAAGGAUACCAAGGAAAUCCAUACCUUGAGCUUCAAGACGGAUGCCAAGGUACCAUUGCAAAGAUUGUUGGCUCGGUAUUAUUGCUACUUGCUGUUUUGAGUGGGAUUUUCUUCUUCUAUAGAUGGAAACGAGAUAUCAAAAAACAACAACGGAAGAUGUAUUUCCGAAAAAACCAUGGCCUUCUAUUGGAACAACUCAUAUUAUCGGAUGAAAAUGCAAGGGACAAGACAAUGAUUUUCUCCUUGGAAGAGUUGGAGAAGGCAACAAACAACUUUGAUGAAACUCGUAUUGUAGGACGUGGAGGACACGGGAUGGUAUACAUAGGCAUCUUAUCUGACCGGCGUGUGGUGGCUAUCAAAAAGGCAAAACUUGUUGAGGAAACUGAGAUCAGUGAGUUUAUUAAUGAGGUUGUAAUCCUCUCCCAGAUAAAUCAUCGACAUAUUGUGAAGCUCUACGGAUGUUGUCUUGAAACAGAGGUGCCCCUCUUAGUAUCUGAUUUCAUCCCUAAUGGCUCUUUAUUUAAGGUCUUGCAUGCUGAGUCGGGUACUCGACUGCCUUUAUCUUGGGAUGAUUGUUUGAGGAUUGCUCUAGAAGCUGCUGGAGCUCUGUGUUAUCUACAUACAUCUGCUUCCAUAUCGGUUUUUCAUCGCGAUGUGAAGUCAUCUAAUAUAUUGCUAGAUGGAAAUUACACUGCUAAGGUUUCAGAUUUCGGUGCGUCGAGAACUGUUCCUAUUCACCAAACUCAUGUGACUACAAAUAUACAAGGAACAUAUGGAUACUUGGAUCCAGAGUAUUAUCAAACUGGGAAACUGAAUGAGAAAAGUGAUGUGUAUAGUUUUGGAGUGGUACUCGUAGAGUUGCUUACCAGAAAGAAGCCUGUUCUAACAACAAGCAGUGCAGAUGGAGAAUCUCAUCAAAACCUGUCCAUCUACUUCAUUUCGGAGAUAAAAACGAGGCCACUGAGAAAGGUGGUGGCUCCUGAAAUUCUGGAAGAAUCAAAUGAGGAUGAAAUUAAUACUGUUGCAUCUCUUGCCGAGAUGUGUUUGCGUCUCAAGGGAGAAGAAAGGCCUACAAUGAAGCAAGUGGAGAGUACAUUACAUUCUCUGCGAACAAAAAGGUUAACCUUCAGUCAGUCAUCUGUCAGUGGUUAUAAACCUCAGGCCACUCAUACGGUCAACAAAGGUCAUUCAGGAUCAUCUAGUGCUUUCAGCAUUCUGGAGUGA